CGAAAAAUGCGAAGCAAGAGUCGUCUUCCUCUAGGGAGCAGGUGCAUAUUCAGGAUGGACAAGAUCCGGAACACACCAUACGGCAAAGCUUUGAUAAUUCACCAGAAGCUAACUGCAGGACCAAUGACGUACAAGGACAACGAGAUAGUCAAGAAGUAGAUAGUCAGCCUCAUGAGGAUCAAGUUCAUCCUGGUACACAGCAAGUCCAUAUGUCCGAGGUGGAGGGGACGCCGAUGCCCAACCAGCACUAUAACGUUCUUCAUGAUGUUCCAGCUUCAGCACCAGCUAGUUUAGAGCAACAGCAACGUCAGUUUUCAGCACAGCCGCCAGGUUGCUGGUCGUCUCCUGAUACAACCAAUCUGAACAAGUAUAUGCCGAAUGCGGGAUAAUUGUCAUCGUCUUUUCAUCCAGCAAAGGGACCGUCCGAGAGUGCUUGUAAGGAGGAUGUCAACAAG